AAAAUUGAAAACAAAUAUGGCUGCGCCCAUGGACAUUUUUGACGCACAUGAUGAACACAUUUCUUUCCAGUAUUUGUGUACAAAGCGAAUUUGAAAGUCUAAAUUAAGGGUUGUAAGAAACGAACACAUACCCAAGAUAUGUGUAAGGAUUGAUAACUCUGACAAGUUUGUAAAGAUUGAAGACUGAAGAUGACAUCAGCAUUUUUCUCACCUGAUGUUGUGAAUCGGAAGACAGAUGUUGAUGUUCAGACAGAUGUAAAGAAUGAUGAUGUCAGUAGAGUGUAUGAAAUUCAGAGAUGUACUGAAUGGAUAAAAUCUGGCAAUUUCUCAAGGGUAGCAAUUCAGCUUCCAGAUAAUCUUCUCUGUGACUCAGCAAGGAUUGUACAGGAACUAGAGAAUUCUACAGCUGCCAAACUGUUCAUCCUGGGUGAUACAUCGUAUGGAAGUUGUUGCGUGGAUGAGAUUGCCGCCCAACACAAUGCUGCUGACUGUAUAAUCCAUUUUGGACGCUCAUGUCUAAGUCCAACCAAGCGUUUGCCAGUUUUGUUCAUCUUUGGACAGAGGCCAGUUGACCAAUCAGAUUGUGUUGUCAAGUUCCAGGAGUUGUUUCCUGAUCAGGAGAGCAAAGUAGUUUUCCUGUAUGACACAUACUAUGCAUACAUUGUGGAUGAUAUCUUCAAUGAACUACAGAAGUCACACAAGUCUUUAGUGUUAUCAAGGCUCCUGACCCCUAAUUCUGAAUCUGGUUCGACCCAAGACAAGUCAAGGGCAUCAGUCUUCACCAGGUGCAACCGAACUCUUCAGCUUGGUGAUUCUGAAACCAUAGACAGCUACAGUGUCUUCUACCUUGGUGGGGAAAGCCUUGCUUUGACUAAUCUCAUGAUGAACUUUAACAAGUGUGCCUUCUAUACAUAUGACCCAGAGUCCUGUAUCGGGAGACGAGAGACCCUGAAUGUAAACAAGGCUUUGAUGAAGCGAUACUACAUGAUUGAGCGAAUCAAGGAUGCUAGUAUUGUAGGGAUUGUUGCGGGGACAUUAGGAGUUGCCAAUUACUUGGAGGUUAUCAGUAGGUUGAAAAAGCUUAUUAAGAUUGCUGGUAAGAAAAGCUACACAUUUGUAGUUGGAAAGCUGAAUGUUGCCAAACUUGCAAAUUUUAUGGAGAUCGAUGUUUUUGUGCUGGUGUCGUGUCCAGAGAACACCUUGAUUGAAUCAUCUGAGUUUUAUAAACCAGUUGUGACACCAUUUGAGGUGGAAAUAGCUCUAAACAGUGAUAGGGAAUGGACUGGGGACUACAUCACAGACUUUCAAGAAAUUCUACCAGGUGCUACAUCAUAUGUGGAGAUUCCAGAAGACCAGGAUGCUGAAACUGUAGCCGACGUGUCCCUCAUCAGCAACCAGAUACGCAUGAUGGGGUCACAUGAUGAGGCUGAAGGUUUGGCAACCAGUACAGCUCUGGUAUCCCGGGACCAGAACAUGGCCGUCGCCACGGUCAAGGCCCAGUCAGCUGGGGAGUUUCUGGGAGCAAGAACAUGGCAGGGACUUGAACGUAACCUUGGAGAUACACCUGUUACCAAGGCAACAGAAGGAAGAAGUGGCAUUGCUGCUAGUUAUGAGGAUGAACCAGCAUAAAUGUGUCAUACUGUAUUUUAUUUAAUAAACACCGUAUCACCCUGGUGGUAGAAGCACA